AAACGCCUCACAUAAGCUCCCUCGACAUGCACAAGUUCUUCCAGUCCACCUGGCUCGACUUCGAAGUCAUCCGCAUCCUAGGCACUGCGCCCAACGGCGGUGCCGAUAUCUGCGAGGUGCUCGAAGCAGUUGGUAGUAUCCAGGAAGGCGACGCCGAGUCAUGGAACAAAGCCUGGAAAGCGCAGGCCGACCGGGCCGAAGCGACAGGCCUACGCUGCCUUCAGACGGGGAACCGUGAACUAGCGAAACGCGCCUUUCUCCGAGCGUCCAACUACACCCGUGCCAGCGGAUACAUGUUUAUCGGCGAGACGCCCUCCCAGCAGGACCCACGCGGGCUGGAAAUUGCCGAAAGGGCCAUCGCGCUAUUCAAACGUGGCGUCAAGCUCGCCGACGCCCCCGUCGAGUUCCUGCACAUCCCCUACCCAGGCGGGGUGCAUCUUCAGGGCUAUCUCUAUUUGCCUCGGGCAUCGAAACGACUCCCCGGACAGACGAUUCCCCUAUUGAUUAACUGUGGUGGGGCGGAUUCAACCCAGGAGGAACUGUAUUUCUUGAAUCCCUGUGCGGCUUCCGAGAUGGGGUAUGCUUGUCUCACGUUCGACGGGCCAGGUCAAGGGAUGGCGUUGAGGAAACAUGGGCUUGUUCUACGCCCGGACUGGGAAUACGUCACCCGUCAUGUCCUCGACUAUCUGGCACACUUUGUCUCCUUGCGUCCGGACCUGGACCUGGACCUGGACCGCAUCGCGGUGUCUGGGUCUGCGUUGGGAGGCUACUUCGCCUUACGGGUGGCUUCGGAUCCUCGCAUCAAGGUCUGCGUGGCCAUGGACCCGGUGCAUGACAUGUGGGAUUUCGGCACUCAGCAUGUAUCAGGCACGUUCAUGAAAGCCUGGAUAGAUGGCUGGGUGUCCAAUGCGACGGUGGACUCGAUGAUCAAUUUCGCCGCCCGCCGCUCGUUUCAGUUGAAAUGGGAGGUAUCUCUGGCCGGUGCAUUUUGGCAGCUGGACCGCCCAACGGAUAUUUUGCUGCAGAUGAAGAAAUUCACCCUCAAGGGUGAUGGCGAGUCUGGGGGGUUUCUGGAGCGAGUGAAGUGUCCGACAAUGGUGUCGGGGGCCACGGAUUCGCUCUAUCUGGAUGUGGCCAGUCAUACCAUGAUGGUGUGGAAAGGAUUGCAGCAUUUGCCCGAGGCGGAUAGGAGGCUUUGGUUGGCGGAGACGCCCGCGGAUGGCGCCUUGCAGGCCAAGAUUGGGGCUUUUGCUCUGAGCAAUGAGUAUACCUUCUCCUUUCUUGAUGAGAAGUUGGGGAUUAUGAGGGAGAGGCUGGAGGGGACGGUAGAGUAA